ACUUUUUAGCUAUUGUUUUAUCACUUGAUUUGAUUUAUCUAUUACUACUAGUAUUUUAUAUUGUCUAUGAUGCUCUAUCGCUUGUUGGAAUUCCUUGUAAUUGACGUGAAAUUUAUGUUAACGAUGCUAUCCAACAUGAUCAUGACACGAAAUGCACAUGAAAAGAUGACGAUGCGUGUUUAAUUAGUUGACACAAUCUUUUUUGGAUCACUUUCCUUGGAGUUUUAAGCGUGAUUUAUGUUUUUGACAGUUAGUUCUUGCUUUUUUCGACGUGUUAAGCUAAUAAGGGUGAUUAAUCUGGAAUAUUAGGAAAUUUAGUUAACCAUGCUUCUCUAAGGGGUGUCAUGAAUGAUGAAGUGUGUGGUAAUUUAGUUCAGUUGAAUUCUUUAUUUAAUAUAUCAUCUUUUCUCAACCAUUUUGUUAUUCAGUAUGUGCUGCCUAAACUUUGUCAUCACUUUUCUUGUUCACCGUCAUUGUCAUGUUCAACGAUGUGUAAGAAAUACACUUAUGUAGUGUAAAUUGUAGAUGAAGUUGCCAGAGAUAAUAUAUCAUGAGGAAUGGACCAUGUUACUUUUAAUUGACCUUUCCUAGGAUUUAGGCUUUGGUUUUCUUGAAUAUCAAGACUGUUGAGCUUAAAUACUGAAGUAUGUACAACUUCAUACAGGAAUGAACAGUUUGUUAAUUUUCCUUGUUUGAUUUUCAUUAGAUGGACCCUAUUCUUGAGUGAAGAAGACAUGAAUUCUGGCUAUGGUUAAAGGUGGCAAGUAGUAAAAUUUAGUCUUUGAAUGCUGCAUCAGAUGGAACUGUUUUCUUUGCACAGGCUGAUUCUUAAUUCUAACAUGCUGUCAUGUUUUGGUUUAUACUCGUCGGUAAUUUCAGGUAUCUUAAUGUAUUGAGAUAAACGUUUUGGUCUUUGCUUUUUGGUGGUUUUGCUGCAAAAUGGCUUCAAACGCGACAUGCUUACCGCCGAUGAAGGCCACCUCAAAUGGGGUCUUUCAAGGGGAUAAUCCUCUCCACCACGCACUUCCUCUCUUGAUUAUACAGAUAUGCAUUGUUCUGGCGUUGACCCGAUUACUAGCAUUUCUUCUCCGUCCGCUAAGGCAGCCACGUGUCAUUGCUGAGAUUGUUGGAGGCGUUCUACUUGGUCCUUCGGCUUUGGGACGCAACCAUAAAUAUCUUCAUGCCAUUUUCCCACCUAGAAGCCUCACAGUUUUGGAUACUCUUGCCAACCUGGGCCUCUUAUUCUUCUUGUUUCUCGUAGGCCUUGAGUUGGAUCCAAAGUCUCUUCGACAGACUGGAAAGAAAGCCUUAAGUAUUGCUCUAGCAGGAAUCAGUCUCCCAUUUGGUUUAGGAGUUGGAGCCUCAUUUGUGCUCAGGGCUACUAUUUCCCAAGCCAUGUCAGCUGCUGCAGUGAACGAUGUGGCUGCAUGGAUUCUUCUUGCUCUUGCUGUUGCCUUAUCAGGCACAGGCCGCUCUCCACUUGUUUCCUUAUGGGUCUUCUUAUGUGGGUUUGGUUUCAUACUGUCAUGCAUGAUUGUUUGCCCUUUUGUUUUCAAAUGGAUUGCUAGACGCUGUCCUGAAGGUGAGCCAGUUGACGAGAUAUAUAUCUGUGCUACACUUGGUGCUGUUUUGGCUGCUGGUCUCGUCACUGAUAUUAUUGGGAUUCAUGCACUUUUUGGUGCCUUUGUUAUUGGCGUUCUUGUUCCAAAGGAGGGAGCAUUUGCAGGAGCCCUUGUGGAAAAAGUAGAGGACAUCGUCUCUGGCCUAUUUCUUCCUUUGUACUUUGUAUCAAGUGGAUUAAAGACAAAUGUAGCCACCAUUCAAGGGGCUCAAUCUUGGGGUCUUCUUGCUCUAGUCAUAUUUACUGCCUGUUUCGGGAAGAUUUUUGGCACUGUUUUGGUCUCUCUCUGCUGCAAGGUUCGGUUUAGAGAGGCGCUAACACUAGGUUUCUUGAUGAACACUAAAGGUUUGGUGGAGCUUAUCGUCCUUAACAUCGGGAAAGACCGCGGGGUUCUGAAUGAUCAGACUUUUGCGAUUAUGGUUCUCAUGGCGUUAUUCACUACAUUCAUAACGACGCCAGUUGUCGUGGCCAUAUAUAAGCCAGCUGAAAUGGCUAAAUUGGAAUACAAAUACAGAACAAUUCAGAGGAAGGAACCUGACACUCAGCUCAGAAUGUUUAUCUGCUUUCAUAGCACAAGAAAUAUUCCGACAUUGAUUAAUCUGAUGGAGGUUUCGCGUGGUACUGGGAAGAAAGGAGGGCUUCGCAUCUACGCAAUGCACCUAAUGGAGCUGUCUGAAAGAUCAUCAGCGAUUCUGAUGGUGCACAAGGCAAGAAACAACGGGUUGCCAUUUUGGAACAAGGUGAACUCUGAUACAAACCAAGUUGUGGUUGCUUUCGAUGCAUUCCAUCACCUCAGCCAAGUUUCCAUACGACCAACAACCGCAAUCUCGCCCUUUUCUAGCAUGCACGAGGACAUUUGCACCAGCGCCGAGAGGAAGAUGGCUGCAAUAAUAAUCCUCCCAUUCCAUAAGCACCAGAGAGUCGAUGGACACUUUGAGACAACACGAGCUGACUUCAGGCAUGUCAACCGCAGGGUUCUUGAACACGCGCCAUGCUCUGUUGGCAUAUUGGUGGAUAGAGGGCUAGGAGGGCCGUCACACAUUUCUGCAAGCAACGUUAACUACACUGUGACAGCAUUCUUCUUUGGAGGCCACGACGACCGUGAAGCCCUAUCUUACGGGGCGCUCAUGGCCGAGCACACCGGCAUUCGAUUGAAUGCAGUUCGUUUCAUCGUGGACUCCAAGCUCAUCCCGGACAGCCUUACUUUGGAUGUGAAGGAUGAGUCUGCUGUAGAGGAUACAUCAGACGAAGAGUUUCUUGCAGAGUUCAAGCAGAGAGUAUCGGCCGAUGGUUCGAUAAAAUACGAAGAGGUUGGGGUAGGCAGUGAUGCAGACAUAGUUGGUACAAUCUUCAAAUACAACCGCAGUAACCUGUUCAUCAUUGGACGAAUGCCAGAGUGUCGGCUAGUUGCAGCGUUUGACAAGAAGAGUGAAUGUCCUGAACUGGGACCGGUGGGGAACUUGCUGAUCUCACCGCAGUUUAAGACCACAGCCUCAGUGCUGGUGGUGCAGCAGUACCGGGGGCAGCUCAUGGGAGACUCUCUGGCGUCGUUGAAAGAGGAGAAUACGUCUGAUACGGAAGCAGAGGAGGCGGCGUCACAGGAGUCGCGUUGAUCUGUAGUUUUGGUGCUGAGUUUGAGCCUGUUUGAGGUAAUGAUAGCAUAUAUAUAAAACAGGUACUUAUUUCUUUGCAAUAAUCUUUCAUUCCUGACCUUUUAUCUGUUAUGCUUUUAAUAUAAGUGGGAUGUUGCUGAAAUAAUAGCUGCAUGUAUUAUGAGUCAGAUGAUAGUAAAUGUAAAUGCUCAACUGACUAUGAUUAUCUCAAGAGAAUUGCAUAUCCCAAAAAGUAGCUGUUUGGGUUCAUUGUUUAUC